ACACCGAGAGAGCUGUCAUAGCUGUGCGCCCCUCUUCUCGCAUUUUUCUAGCCCAUCGAGUUCAGUGAAUGUUUUUUUUUGCUCUUACUGCAAUGUAAACGUCAAAACACAAAUAAAAAUUUAGUUCAACACCAAAUCAAUGCAUUGCUUAGUGUCAAUAAAUGUGAAAAGAGGAAGAUAUAAAUUUUGAGCAGAAAAAGAAUUUUUUAGCACACACGCACGCAUAAUUGUCGUCACAUUCGCUCUUCGCCUCUCACUCUGUGUCUCUCUCUCUCUCUCUCUCUCUCUCGCUCACCAAUCCAAUUCGAUUGUUGUUGUUUUUUUUCGGUGAUUUUGAGAAAUACGAUUUGCGUUGUGUGCGAUUCUAUCAUUUUUUAAUGGUUCAAAUAAUGAGUUGUACAUAAUGUUUGGGUCACAAUGUGUGCGGUUGAAUAUACGUUCUGCGCUGUUGAUUGUCGUGUGUUUCUUCUUAAAUGGCAUCAAAUUCACUAGCACAGCACACAAUCAUAUGGAAGUGCCGACCAAAUCGGAGAAUCACAAAAAUAGCACAAAUUCGAAUCCAGAUUACCUAACAAUUUCAAGUCCAAGCCAAACCGAACUCAUGUCAUGCCCAACCGAAGCCAGUGGCGAGACGGUCGAGUGUAAACAAUUACCAUUUCCAUGUAUAAAAUGUAGUUUUAAUCUAUCGUGUAUUUAUGGUAAAGAGCAAAUGGUUACGUGCAGCGUAGCCAAUCCGCAUGUUGUGUGCAUUGGCCCCAGAGAUUUUCAACGAAGUAUGAUUUGCCGAUAUUGCUGGCAAACUGAGGCUUGGGAGCACACAUGUAUCCUCAAAGAUGGAUGUAAUUCAGCUAACCAAAUUUAUUUGACCAAUUGUUCAGUACAACCAGACUUGCUAUGCUUGGGAGCUCGAACAUUCCCAAAACGACUGAGGUGCAACUGGACACACGGCUAUCGUUGGUCAACAGCGUUAUUUAUUAGCAUUACUUUAGGUGGUUUCGGUGCCGACAGGUUUUAUUUGGGCCACUGGCAAGAAGGAAUUGGAAAACUAUUCAGUUUUGGCGGUUUGGGUGUGUGGACGCUAAUCGAUGUAAUUCUCAUAUCACUUCAUUAUUUAGGGCCCGCCGAUGGUUCACUAUACAUUUAAAACAGUUUGUAUUUUGUUUUUCUUCAUGAGUCAACUCAACGUUCGCUUUAUCGAAUUAGAUGAAUUUUUCACAUACACACACACAUAAAACAAACAAAGAAGCCCCACACUCAACAUCAUACACACAAUUGAUGAUCUUAGAUAAAUUUGUUAAUUCGUUUUUAGUGUUGUUGAAUAAUUUGAUGAAGUUUUUUUUUUGUGAGAAGUCAAUUUUACCGCAGUCAGUGAUCGACAACGCCGGACUGUUCUAAAGCGAUAAUCUAAAUUCUAUUCCAACUUCUGUUUCACAACACACAUAUUGUUCGAGACACAACUUACAACAAAUUUUAAUUGAAGAAGAGAGAAAAGAAAAUACACAGAAAGAAAAAAUGAAAUCAACCGAAGCAAACAAAACUAAAGAAAAAUAAAGUAAACAAAAAAAAAAUGAAAUCACUGUACACAUUGUAUAAAUAGAUAAAAUGUGAUAAAUCUAAUAUAACACGUGAACGACACUUUCUAUUUAUAAAAAAAAAACAAAAAAAAAAACAAAAAAAAAAACAAAAUAAUAAUGAAGAUGUAAUUAAUUUAGGAUAUUCAAUGAGAGAGACACAAAUUGUAUAUUGUACAGAAUUUUAACAAACGGAAAUCACGAAACAACAUUUCAAAAUAAAGGCUGAGAGGUGCAUUUUCUCUGAAUCGAA